UUUCCCUUUGUACCCCCACCGGCCGAGCCCAAUGUCGCCCACACUGCCAACAUAGUCAAGGGCCGUCUGGUAAUUUGAGCGUCCACCGGCUCUAGAGCUUGCAGUCUCUCGUCGGGCGGCGGAAAGGGCAAAUUCCCCUCUGUCAUACUGACCAGGCGUUAGUAUCCCGCUUUUAGAGAGGAAUCAUGGACGAGACAGACCUUAAAUAUUUGGAGGAUGAAGAUGCUCCGGCCAUGAAAACAAUUAAAGGAGCAACCAUGGGUUUAGCCGUUGGUACAAUUUGGGGUACAAUUGUCGCAACAUGGUAUGAUGUGCCUCGUGUAGAGAGAAAUGUUGCACUUCCAGGGCUGAUAAGGACCUUGAAGAUGUGCGGAAACUACGGUCUCACCUUUGCCGCUGUUGGAGGAAUCUAUGUUGGUGUGGAGCAAUUGGUGCAAAAGCAGAGGAUGAAGAGGGACUUUAUCAAUGGUGCAGUGGGUGGUUUUGCUGCUGGAGCAUCAAUUUACGGCUUAAAAGGAAAGAGCAUUUCAGGUGCAAUCUCUGCUGGGUCUGCUCUAGCUUUCACUUCGGCCGUACUUGACAUUGGUGGCAGGACAACACGAACUGAUAAUGGUAAGGAGUACUAUCCUUACACCACAGGGAAAAAGCCUAACGUGAGUUGAGUCCGCAAUCUCCUCAGCUUGAAUGAAACUUGGGGAUCUCUCGUUGGUCAUGGCGAAGGGUUGCACUGUGUUGUACCUUUUUUGUAUUCUCACAAUAAAUUCUUUGCCUUCUCGUUUGGCUUGGAAUACAAUGACAGUGACAACGUUAUUUUCUUAUAAAUUGUAUCGUCUUGGAGAGCGCUUUUGCUCGUAUAUUGUUUGAGAAUUUGAUGGAAUUCUCUGUGAGGUCUUAUGAUCUUGUGGCUUUGGGCAAGGGGUUAUUAUGUGCGAACAAAACCUCUAUAAACAGAUUUUUUUUUUGUUUUUUUUUU